AUGUUCAAAGUCGAUUCCGGAUUCGAGAAACUCCAGGCAUCACGGCCAGACUUCCGCCGCGACGCCGAGGUCACAUUCUCCAAGCCCCCAAACCCAACAUGGAAAGAAGGCGACGGAGCCAACGAUGGCGGCGAGAGCCUGAAGAGAGACCAUGUCGAGAUCGAUCCGAAUGAAGAGGGCCGCCCAGUGGCCUCGAACUAUAAGCUCUUGAUUUCAGGCAUGGUCCCACGACCGAUUGCACUCAUCAGCACCCAAUCUGCAGACGGCAAAACCACCAACCUCGCUCCAUUCAGCUAUGCACAGCUCAUCAACCACGACCCGCCCCUGUUCACGGUCGGCUUUGUCGGGUCUUUGGAGAAGGCCAAGGAUACAAUGAGGAAUCUGAACGAAACGAAAGAGUGUGUGAUCAACAUUAUUUCUGAGCAUUUCGUGGAGGCUGCCAAUUCCACCGCCAUUAAUGCCCCUUAUGGCGUGUCCGAGUGGGAGAUUUCUGGCUUGCACCAGGCGCCAACCUCUGUUGUGAAGCCUGCUCGUGUUAAGGAGUCCAUUCUCUCGAUUGAGGGGAAGCUUGUCGAGGUCAAGGAAUUUGAAAGCCGACAGACGCCGGGUAAGAAGACUGGUGUGCUUGCUAUUAUCGAGGGUGUUCGGUUCUGGGUACGAGAUGAUGCUAUCAAUGAGGAAAGGAGCGUCAUCGAUCUGAAGGUUUUGAAGCCUAUCAGUCGCCUGGGAGGUAUUUCUUAUGGUCGGACCACUGAUGCUAUUGAGAUUCCUCGACCGCAGUUCUAG